CAUUCCGCCAACAACAUCGUUAGACAAGUGAUCGCGCUAAAAGUUACUACAACCAGCUGAUAGAAGCGGUGGAAAGAAAACUUGCUUGAGACACGUUAAGAAAAAGUUGCAGUUGCGUGUGUACACGUCGCUUCUCGCCGAUAGUGUUGUGUUCAUUGUUGUUUUUUUCGUUUGUACGAAUACAAAUUCCUAUGUAAUAUGUGUGUAUAUACACAAAGAUAUUCAUUGCUUUUUUUGAGAUAAAAAUUUUGUGAAUAUUAAUUUUUUGUGAUUAGAAUUGGUGGUAAUUGCAGGAACUUUUUCGGCAUCAAAUGUACUUAUGUCUGUGUAAAUGUCUGUGUGUAUAAUUUUCAUUCAAAAAAUUUGCAUUCGUUGAUUUUGCCUCUGCUAGUUUUUGUUGACGGUGCGGUAAAGUCACUAAAAAUUAAUGAAAUUGUAUGUUCAACUAAGAGUAUGGGAUCUAUGCAGAUAGCCAUAUUUACGUAUGCAUAUUUAACUGAUUUGUAAUAUAAACUUUAAUACAUGUACAGUGAAAUUCCUCAUAACAGGACACCCACCGCUCGGAGUGUUUUUGUCCGGAUAUGAGAGCUGUUCAUAUCCUUAGAGUCAGAAACAGAAACUGAGAACUAUAUUUCUACUGAACUAAUAAAUGUGAUCCAGUGUCAGGCCUGGGUGAAUGAGUGGUAAUUAUUGUGCUGUGAUCAUUUUUCGUAUUUUUAAAGAAUAGGCUGUCGCGAAACUCCACAAAUUAAUAAGAAAUACCGGGAACUGGAAACUGUGCAAAAUUUUCUUGAAACACUUUAUGAAAUCUUGAAUCACUUGAAUGAAAAGUUAACAAAAUAGUGUCCGUGUCGGGUCAUUGGAACGUAUUCAUGUCCGGCUAUAGGAAUUGGCUUUGACUCCUUUGCGGAUUAAGGAGCACAAAUCGAAAAAGUGCUUCCCAAGCUUUAUGGACUCUUGGUGGAAACUGUCAAAUAUUUAAGUAUCGUAUAUGUACAUAUGCUUCUAAAACCAAAACGGGUUUCAAGAAGCUCAUCCCGCCGCCUGCUAAAAUAUACAUAUAUAUGUAUGUAUGUAMAUAGGGUAUAUGUUAGUCAAAACAUUGGCAUUAUAUUACAACCUCAAACCGAAGCAAGACUAAAGAAAUAAAAGUGCGUUGAAUGCACAUGCAUACAUGCAUAUGUGAAUAUAAUUUUGCCCAAAGACUGUUUAUGAGUGACAUACAUAGUAUAUAUUAUAUAUGUAUUUAUGUAUGUAUAUGAAACGUGAUCAUUCUGGAGUUUUUCGCUUACGACCAGUGAAUUGAACGUUGAAAAAAGGAAAUAAAAAUUAAGCAUGUCUUCCGACCGAUUUCACAAAGCUGCAAAAGAUGGCUUACUUGACGUUCUAAAAGAAGCUACACGUAAGGAUGCCAAUGCUAAGGACGAUGAUUCUAUGACACCGGUGCUAUGGGCGUCCUUUGAGGGACGUUUGGAUGCGUUACGUUUGCUUUGUGGGAGAGGAGGUGACCCUGACAAAUGUGACCAGUUUGGCAAUACGGCGCUGCAUUUAGCCUCCGCUAAGGGACAUCUGCAUUGUGUGGACUUCCUGGUGAAAUUCGGCGUCAAUAUCUAUGCGCUUGAUAUCGAUCGUCAUAGUGCUAAGGACUUAGCGGCCAUCAACAAUCGCGAUGACAUUCUACGGUAUUUGGAUAGCGCUACAGCCAAUUUCGAGACCAACGACAAGAAAAAGGCCAAAGCUAUGCGUGAGCUGGCGGAAAAGAAUUGUGAGAAACGCAUGCGCGAAUAUAUGAAACGUCAACAAAAACUGGAAAUGGACCAGAUUGAAACGGGUGGCAAAUCAAUGACCGUCGCGAAUAACAGCAAUAAGUCAAAUAUGUUGUCAACACUGAAACAGAAGAUYUGGUCCAGUCAAGGAAAUCUACAUAAACCAACGCGAGACUCAGCGCCACWUGCUGCGCCCUGUCCCAGUAUUAGUAGCGGUAGCACGGCCACAAAAUUUAGUGAGCUCGUAUCGCCAGGCAGUGGUAGYGGCGGUAGUGUUGGUUCAAUUGCGAGUCGCGUCGGUACGGUGCAGAAGAAGCUGCGCAGCCAUCCACACUCGAGUCAUUCAAAUAAAGUUGAAGAGACUGGCUUCAAGAUUGGUGGCAUUGAACCGGAUGGUAAACGCACAGUAACGUCGCUUAUAGGUGUACAACGCGACUCGGAAGUGCUGUAUGUGGGCACGUUCAGCUCAAAUGAAGAGAGCAGCAAGCGAGGUAAAAUCAGCGAUGUUUUCGAAGUAGACGAACCGAGCAGUGAUCGUGAACGUGAAACCGCCAAGCUAGGUUAUGGCACACUUUCACGUUCCUUUUCACAACCUGAUAUACUUGGGGAUACAUUAACCUCCACCGGGCGUCUGAGUGAAGAAUUCGCAAUGCAACGCCCGGCUGGCCUAUUCGAUCGGCCGAUGUUAGGUAGUAUAGCUUUUCGGCGUUCGGUGACUGCGGCCCUGAGUCAAUUGCAGCCAGAUGACUAUAUGCCACACGACAUGGAAACCGGCAACACGAGUACCAGCACAGCAACAGGGCGKCAUAGUGGCGCCACAACUGUGACGAAAACACGUAGCAGCAAACAGCGAUCAUUCCUCAAUAUAUCUGAUUCCGAUUCUGAGGGUGCGGAUGGCUAUAGUGAUGAUGAGCAGGACAAUGCRUGCAAUCCAAUAGCACGUUUUCUCACCGCCUGGGGCUUGGAGGAGUAUUUGCCUGUUUUUCAGAAACAACAAAUUGAUCUGGACACGUUGAUACUUUUAACCGAGGCGGAUCUAAAAUCCUUAGGGCUACCUUUAGGGCCUUUCCGCAAACUUACGUGCGCUAUACAAGAACGUAAAAAUGCGCUUGCUAAUCCCGGGGCGAUGACGGACAGUAGGCUUUGAAGCAAAACGAGUACACUGUAUGCGUAGUAUCAAAAUAUUGGUUUCAUCAGUACUUAACCAGCAUCA